AACAGAUUCAUCAGAACUAAGCAAAAAAUAAUAGCCAAAUAUGAGCGAGAUCAAAGCCAGACGCAUACUUCUUCUUUCUAUCAUAUUCCUCAUCUUCUUCUCCGAGACUCUUCUUUUGUGUUCAGCUAACGAGCAUGGCUCAAGGAAUCUUGCGGUGGUCACGAGAAAACGGAUAAGAAACAGAGGGCCUAGCAACUCAACAUCCGCAGCGUCAACUAUGAUGCUGCCAAGCUCCUUUCAUAUUGGUGCUGCUUCUUCUUUUCUCCUCGCACUCCUAUUAUAAGUUCAGUUUGUAGUGAUCCUGAUUUACAUAAUCAGAGUGAUUACUUUAAUUAGAUUUUCUCUAUUUGAUUGAUUUAUGUAAAAUUAUCAAACGGUCAUAAACUCUGUUGUUGAUAAUAUAUGUUUCAUUGUAGUUCCUGAUUGUCUGUAAUAAAAAAAAAAAAAAGCGUAUUGUCAUUUGCCACUUGUAGCUAUCGUUAUGUAUUUUGUUUGAAAC